AUGUACUGGGUGGUGGCGGGCAUACAAAACCGCUUACCAUUCGUGGAAUUGUCCUUAAUAUCACCCUGUAUUACAAUAAGCAUUCUGGGCACAGUAAAGACAUGGUUCCUUUAUACAAAUAAAGGAAUUCUGCUAAAUGUCGUGGAGAGAUUGAAAGCUAUACAGCCAAUUGUUAACAAAGAAUCGCUGGAGAAGACGGAUGCGAUAAAAUGCAAGAUUGUCACUGAUUCGAUGAAGUUGUUAAAAUUUGUUCAUGUUUCCCUUAUGACUGUGUACAUUUUCGUGUUCACAACGUUUUGCUUCAGCCCUGCUUUGCUCUCUAGCUAUAACUACUUGAAGACUGGAGAGUUUGCCUUCGUCUAUCCUUUCCAAGUUAAAUAUUUCUUUGAGGUCUACAAGUCUUCGCUGUGGUUCUUCGUGUAUGUGCACCAAGUUUGGGCAAAAAGUACAAAGAGUUCGGAAAAUGUCAAAUUGAUUGUCAACCUAAGUCUACAUGAGAAGCAGGUGCAUAAGCCUGCAUUGACUCCGCGUCUCGUCAAUCAAAUGGAGGUUUUGUUUUCGAAAUCAUCGCUCUUCAAUAUGGUUACUAGUUCGAUCCUAAUUUGUCUCAGCGCGUUCAACAUUACGGUAAAUAUAAUGAUGUUUUGUUGCAAUGUAGCUGAUGAGAUGCGCUUCAUUCUCGCCUUCAUCACUUUCCUGGUGAUGAGUCUGUCGCAGAUAUCACUGGUGUGCUACUUCGCAGACUUGCUGAUGAUAUCGGUCCCACAAGGCAUGCAGGCUGACAGCAUGGAAGUUUGCGGACCUCAACCUAGGGGCAUUCACUACGAUCCUAAGCAGAUCGUGGUCAUACUUUGCUCUACUGAAGACAGUAUACAAAUAGACUCGAUGUUUUCGUCAAUUUCCACCACGUUAAAUUCAUAG